GUUCUGCUGUAGAAACCAGUCUGGAAGCUCAAAUCCAGCCAUGGGUUCAGUGAAACAGCCAAGGAUUUGUCCCAGCACAGGAUGACUUCAGAACCAGCACCAGACGCCGACCCCAGCAGGAGAGCCCUGAAGAAGCCGUGUCCGUUCAGCAUCGAGGACAUCCUCUCCAGCCCUGUGGAGAAGAGCCCCCAGGUCUUGGUCCCACUGUGCCUACGGAGCAUCUUGGACUGCGCACCCAAAGGGCUGUGUGAGCUGGAGACCAUCCCAGCCAGCUCCCUGCAGGAGGAAGAGGAGGAGGAGGAGGAAGAGGAAGAGCUGGAAGGGGCAGGCUGUGGCUGCUGCUGCUGUUCUCACACAAGCACCCGGUCCCUGCAGGACUCACCGGGUUGGCUGGAUGCCCGGCUCCCCUGGCCCAUGAGGCUCUUCCACUCAGCAGUCAGGGUCUGCAAGAGUCCCCAGGAGAACCCCAGCGAGCUGCAGACUUUCCACCAGAUCCAGCGCCGGACGCGCCGGCACCGCACCAUCUUCACCGAGGAGCAGCUGCAGGCCCUGGAGGCGCUUUUCCACCAGAACCAGUACCCGGACGUCGUCACCCGGGAGCACCUGGCAAACCGCAUCCACCUGAAGGAGGAGAGGGUAGAGGUUUGGUUUAAAAAUCGUCGGGCGAAGUGGCGGCACCAGAAGAGGGCGAGUGCCUCAGCACUGAUCCUGCAGGGCACCAAUCAGCCCCCCGAGGAGAGCUGUUAG